AUGGAUUGGUCUAACGCUCUACCAACCAAGCUCGCCUCCAUCGCGCAUGUGAUAUCGAUAUACUACGCCUGGCAUCGCGGCUACCGAGAUGGAUGGGAGGAGAGAUCGAGAUCGGAGGACCUGUCGGCUGCGAAGAAGUCGUUAUACGCAGCACAGCUCCUCUUCGUUGCCUCCGUCGGUCUUACACGAACGUCAACUGCGCUUUUCACGGCUCGGAUCUUGACGUUGGGAGAGCAGCAUCGACGGCUAGCAAAUACCAUGAUUACCUUGUGCGCCACUUCGACGCCAGCCCUCAUACUCGUUGUCGCUAUCAGGUCGCCACUAUUACAGCCCUGGGACGCUUUGGAAGGAUCGCAGGAAAUGUUCGUGCGCUGGAUCAUUGUCGAAGUCGUGGGGUUAGUCAAUGAUGCUAGCAUUGUGGCUUUCUCGAUCAUCAUCAUCUGGCGACUACAGAUGUCAAUCGGAAAGCGUGUAGCGGUCUGCGGGCUGUUUGCGAUCCGUUUGCUCAUAUUGCCCGUCGUGGCAGCCAGAUUAGCCCAACUCCAACCCUCAACCAACGGCACACCACCAAAGUUCAACACAGCAGCAACCCUGCUCACCGAAGCCGAACUCGAGCUCAUAUUCGUCCUCGCCUCAGUGACCUGCCUCAAGCCGCUUUUCCAGCCCUUCCAUCCGGGCUUCUUCGCAACAGCAAACCCGAACCUCGCAGUCACAGGCUACACAAACCGCCCCGGAGCCAACAGCAGCAGUCGAGAAGCGUACUACGAACUCAGUGGAGGCGCCAGUCGCGCCGAGCGAGAACGCAAACAGCCACUGUCUCAUGUCCGUGAAUCAAGAGACGAUGCUAGUGAUGAGGUGGAUCUUGUGCAACCCCAUCACAGACAUAAUGCGGGAGUAGCAAUGCGUCCGGAUGAGGGAGAGACUUGGAGCGAAGCCAUUGCUGCUGGAGGGAAGCCGAAGUCGAAGAUCAAGGCAGGACCGUCUGGUGACAGCGGUGGGAUCGAGGCGAUGAGGAGUUGGACGGUCAGUUAUGAAGAUAGGUAA